AUGGAGAAAGCCAAAGACAUUUACUCAAAGAUUAUCAAAGAGAAGUGACUCGAUAGGGUCACAGACUGAUUCUGGGCUGUCUUAGGCAAAAAGAAAAUGCGUUAUGAAUUAGUAGGCAAAAAUGAUACUGAUAAUGUAAAUACAAAUGAUAUUGAGUGACAUAAGAUGGAGGAUGAGAAAGAUUUGCAAGCUUUCCCAACUUCUUUCAAGGAAAAAGAUUCUUCUCCUUCAAAAGAAAAGAAAGAGGAAACUCUAGUUUCAACUAAAUAACCCUAAAGAAUCUGAGAAAAAGGCGAUGACAUAUUUCUCAAUGAAUGAGGAAGAACUUGAAAGAGAAAAAGAAAAGAAUAGAGAGGGUGAAAAAGAGAUUUUCGGAGAUAUCCCAAAACCUGAACCAAAAGAAGAAAUACUGGAAGAAGACCCUCAGAAUACUGGAUGGGGAGAUGAAGAUUUUGAUGAGGAACUUGACAUUGAUAUUUAA